AAGUGGAAUAUUGAUUGGUUCAACGUGAUUUUUUUAAUCUAUUUUCACAUUGCCUGUCUUUAUGGAAUCUAUUUCAAUCUCACCUCACUAAAAUUGUAUACUGCGAUACUUGCGAUUAUUACAAUACCAGCAUCAAUUCUCGGUAUUACAGCUGGUGCUCAUAGAUUAUGGGCUCAUAAGGCUUACAAAGCAAAAUGGCCAAUGAGAAUAAUUCUGAUGAUUUUGGAAUCUUUGGCGUUUGAAAGACCCAUUUACAUAUGGGUGAGAUAUCACCGAAUCCAUCACAAGUACACCGACACGGAUGCUGAUCCUCAUAAUUCGAAAAGGGGUUUCUUCUUUUCUCACUUUGGUUGGCUGAUGCUAAAAAAACAUCCCGAAGUUAUAAAAAAAGGAGCAACGAUAGAUAUGAGCGAUCUUGAGAAAGACCCACUGGUUAUGUGGCAACUAAAAUAUGCUAAUAUUUUCAUGUCACUCGUUUGUUUCGUCAUUCCAACGUUGAUACCUGUAUUUUUUUGGGGAGAGAGUUUAAUGAACGCUUGGUACGCCACAACUAUUAGAUACAUCAUUUCUUUAAACGCUAUCUUAUUAGUAAAUUCUGCAGCUCAUAUGUGGGGUACAAAACCAUACGAUAACUCCAUAUCCCCAACAAACAGCCUUUCGAUUGGUAUAGCUGCUCUCGGUGAAGGUUGGCAUAACUAUCAUCACGUAUUUCCGUGGGAUUACAAAGCUUCUGAAUUAGGAAACUACAAAGUAAACUUAACAACGGCAUUUAUCGACGGUUUUACAAAACUCGGUUGGGCUUAUGAUCUAAAGACGGUUUCUCACGAAAUGAUUGAAAAGCGUGCAUGUAGAACUGGAGAUGGUAC